GAUUGAACAAGUUCAUCUACUGGUAAUAAUUAAACUUCUUAGACUUGGUGUGGACAACCGUAACGAAUAAAAAACAACUGAACUAAGUUAUUGAACAGAAAGACACAUAUUUCAUUGGAAUAAAACUGUCGGAGAUUAUCAGAAAUUCAAAAUUCUUUUUUUUUGGUCUCAACCACUUCUAUCAAUUUUAUAACAUUUUCUAAUAAAAUAACCAAAUCUGUAAUUAGUAAAGAUUUUGGUUUUGGUAUUUGUUCAGAAAGUAAUUCCAGGAAUUUGGAAGCGAGAAUUAUCUAAACAGUCGUCAUAUAUACUAUUUGUUAACAAAUCGUAUUUCAGUAGUAUCAACUCUCGAACGUUGAGAAACAAUAAUCAAUCUAGAAGCAUAACAUCAACUUUGUUAGAUUCACGAAAGUCUGACUCAAUUAGUCCAUCUAAUUUAGCUAAAAGUUCAUUCAAAAUAAUGCUGGACUCAUCAUCCGACGACGACAUUGCUUUAUCAAAAAGAAAUAAAGCAUCGCUUAAUGGUAAUGGUAAAAAACGAAAGAAGAUCAAUUCUUCGGAUGAUGAUGAUGAUGUUCCUUUAAGUAAGAGAAUAGCGACACCUCCUGCUUCAUCACCUUUGAAAAAGAGAAAGACUGAACCAAAGUCGAAAUCAACUUCUAAAAAUGGAACUUCUAAAAAGGAUGUUAAAGAAGAACCAAUAACUCCGAAAAAAGCUACUGUGAAAAAGUCUACGACUUCUCCUACAAAGAAAUCCACAACUGCUUCAAAAAAGGCUGUGAAGAAAGAUGACGACAAAGACAAAGACAAAGGCAAAGUCAAAAUUUCCAAGGUCAAAAAGGAAGAGAAAGAAGAUACACCAUCUCAAUCGCAACAACCAGAAGAACAAGAAGAUGAAGAAACUUAUAAGUGGUGGGAAGCUGAGGAUUUGGAUGGUGAAGUUAAAUGGGAUUCAUUAGAACAUAAUGGGGUGUUAUUUCCUCCUGAGUAUGAACCUUUACCUUCCCAUGUGAAAUUAUGGUACUCUGGUAAACCUAUAGAUUUACCACCAACUGCUGAAGAAGUAGCAGGAUUCUAUGCUGCUAUGUUAGAGACUGAUCAUGCAAAAAAUGAAGUAUUUCAGAAAAAUUUCUUUGAAGAUUUCCUUCAAGUCAUUAAAGAAACUAAAGAUGAUCAAUUACGUUCUACGAUUGUUUCAUUUGAUCAAUGUGAUUUUAGUAAAAUGUAUGCCCAUUUUGAACAAUUAAGAGAAGAAAAGAAGGGUCUUAGUAAGGAUGAAAAGAAAAGAAUUAAAGAAGAAAAGGAAAAAUUAGAAGAACCUUAUAAAACUUGUUAUUUAAAUGGUAGAGCUGAAUUAGUAGGGAAUUUUAGGGUUGAACCUCCUGGUUUAUUUAGAGGUAGAGGGGCUCAUCCAAAGACUGGUAAAUUAAAAAGAAGAGUCUUUCCUGAGAAUGUUACUUUAAAUUUAUCUAAGGAUGCUAAAGUUCCACCUCCACCUCCUGGUCAUGAAUGGGGUGAAAUCAGGCAUGAUAAUACUGUUACUUGGUUAGCAAUGUGGAAAGAAAAUAUUGCAGACAAUUUAAAAUAUGUUAGAUUUGCUGCAAGUUCAUCUAUUAAGGGUCAAUCAGAUUUUAAAAAGUUUGAAACGGCCAGAAAUUUAAAAAAUUAUGUUGAUGCUAUUAGAAAAGAUUAUACUAAGAAUUUAAAAAGUGAAUUAAUGCAAGAACGUCAAUUAGCUAGUGCUACUUAUUUAAUUGAUAAAUUUGCUUUAAGAGCUGGAGGUGAAAAAGGUGAUGAUGAAGCUGAUACUGUUGGUUGUUGUUCAUUAAGAUUUGAACAUAUAACAUUAAAACCACCUAAUAUUGUUGUAUUUGAUUUUCUUGGUAAAGAUUCUAUUAGAUUUUAUCAAGAAGUUGAAGUAGAUAAACAAGUUUUCAAAAAUUUAAGAAUUUUUAAGAAGAGUCCAAAAGGACCAGGUGAUGAUUUAUUUGAUAGAAUAAAUCCAUCAAUUUUAAAUAAACAAUUACAGAAUUAUAUGAAGGGUUUAACAGCUAAAGUAUUCCGUACUUAUAAUGCUUCAAAAACCAUGCAAGAUCAAUUAGAUUUAAUACCCAAUGAAGGAACAGUAGCUGAAAAACUUGUUAAAUUUAAUGCUGCUAAUAGAACAGUUGCUAUCUUAUGUAAUCAUCAGCGUACAGUUUCAAAGAGUCAUGGAAAUACUGUUCAAAAAAUUAAUGAUAAAUUGAAAGAAUUCUUAUGGCAAAAGAUUAGAUUGAAAAAGAUGAUUUUAUUAUUAGAACCAAAUUUAAAGAAGAAAGAUAAAAAGUACUUUGAAGAAAUUGAAGAUUUAAUCAAAGAAGAUGAAGAAUAUAUUCAUGAUUUAGUAAUUACUAGACAACGUGAACAAGUAUUAAAGAAAAUGGUUCGAGAUAAUGAGAAAUUAAAAUCAGAGAAUGAACCUUUAUUGACUGAGAAAUCCGAUUCAAUUAAGGAAAAAUUAGAUAAAAUUAAAGAAUUGGAAGAUGAUUAUAAGAAGGAAUUAAAAACUGGUAAACCAGUUAUGAGGAAAACUGUUACGGUUGAAAAAUUGAAACAACAAAUAGAAACUAUAGAAACUAGAAUUCUUAAUACUACAUUACAAUUAAAGGAUAAAGAAGAUAAUUCUGAAGUUUCUUUGGGUACAUCUAAAAUGAAUUAUAUUGAUCCUCGAUUAACAGUAAUGUUUUCUAAGAAAUAUGAUGUUCCAAUAGAAAAGUUAUUUACAAAAACCUUGAGAGAAAAGUUUACUUGGGCUAUAGAAUCUGCUGAUAAGGAUUGGAGAUUUUAAUGUGGUUAAGCUCAUGGGAAGACACCCCUCUACGAAAUAAAUAAAUAAAUAUAUUAUUAUUAUUAUUAAUGGAAACACCCUGUAUAACAUAGAAGAAAAUAAAUAUAUAAAUUUAAAAAUUAAA